UAUGGUUAAAUCACGAGUAGCUCAGCGUUUUAUGCAAUACAGCUGAUUCGGAAGUUAGUUCCUCAUUUUAGCGAGUCUUUGAGGAUUGAAUGGACGUCCCUUUUUAUGAGGACGAUAUUAUGCCAAUAGAUUCUUCUUCUGAAAAAACGAUGUACGACAAAACUACCAUGAAACUCGACUUGAACAGCACUCUUCGCCAUAACCCGUUCGACAAUUCAAUUCUUACUUCGCCAGAUCUGAACCUACUAAAAUUGGCCUCACCGGAACUAGAAAAGUUGAUCUUAAAUUCUGCAUCUCUUGUUACUCCAACACCACAGGGAUUGAAGAACAGUACCAAUCCCAACCUAACUGUUACAGAGCAACAAGAACUUUAUGCUAGAGGAUUUUUGGAAGCUCUUCAGAAACUACAUCAAGAACAGGGUCCACCAGGUUCAACAGUUGUGUCGUCCGCUUAUACACAAAAUCAAACGACUUGUACGGUAGGAAUGCCUUCAAGAAUGGUCGUAACUCAAGCACCAAUGCCUAUGACAACAUCAGCUAUGGCAAUGCAGCCACAAAUGCCUAUAAACACCACGGCAAACUUGAAUACAGCUCCAAAUUUUCCGCCAAACGCAUUGUCUACGAUAGCCACUGAGGCACUUCCGCUAGAGUCGGUUAACAAUGUUGGCGUUACUUCUCAAAUCUAUCCUCAGUUUCAAACUAAUGGAAUUACUAUCACUGCUCCAUCAAAUAUUCCCAAUGGAGCCACGAACUUUAGCUUCAGCAAUCAAAGUCGGAUGGGUGAAGUAAAGUUCGAAGAUUCUCUCCAAGUUGUGCCAGUUGGUACAGGCACACCUCCAUUACCGCCAAUCGACUUGGAACUCCAGGAAGCAGUAAAGAGCGAACGAAAGAAGCAGCGAAAUCGUAUGGCUGCGUCGAAGUGCCGGAGAAGAAAGUUAGAAAAAGAAGCAGAACUUGAGAAAAAGGUCAGCGAACUAAAAGAGAUCAACAGUGGGCUGCAGACCGAAGCGCUCGCACUUCGAAAACAAAUUUGCCAAUUGAAGGAGCAAGUUAUGACGCACAUAAACGGAGGAUGUAAAGUUUACUUGACUUCACAGUCUUAAAGUGAUGACUCUGUGUGUUGAAAGGAAACAGCAAGCCUUUAAUCACUCUCUCUGGAGCACGAGAAGUGCCAUAUUUUCAAAGUGAAACACGAACUUGUAAACUGUGCAUUACAAGAGAAAGAAUCCAGUGCAACAGGUGUGAUGUUGUGGUUUUGAGCACGUUUUAUCGAUGCCUCGAGUCCAAAAGGCUUUUUAUACGUGAUAUACACGGAACUGUUCAGUGAACAUUUUAGUUUUAGCUUUAUUUAUAAAGUGCCUCAUUAAAAUCAGGUAUUUUAUUGUGUCUCUGUUGAUCAGAGGUUUGGCACGUGAUUUUAUAGUAGUAAAAGUAGAAGUAACACUUCGCUUGAAGAAACCACUUCAGUGCUAGAAAACCAUUUCGAAGCGCAUUAGAAUCAGUUAAGUUAUAUCAUAUCAGAUAUAUCAAAAUACAGUUAUUAAAAAAUCGAUAUUCCUGGCAAAUAUGCAAUGGAAUAUAUAAUAUUUAUCGUUAAGAAGAAUACAAUAUAGAUUUAUUUAUUCAAGAAAACAAGAAAACAAUUAUGAAAAUAUUCUUUGUAAUUUAGACAUUACAACACGCAAUCUACAAUAUAACCGAAUCGUUCUGUUAUCGUUAGCUAUGCAAUUAUCUCCAAAGAAAAAUUCAAAAUGCCAAAGAAGCCCAGAUUUAUAGAAACUUUAUUGUAGGUCAAAUAACCUCUGAACUUAAGAAGUCUAUAAUAAAAUCACUUGACAAGUAAAAACA